AUGUCCUUGCUGGAGGAGAAUUCAGAAGUGAAAAUGGACUGUGAAAAUGAUCUGGCCAGAAGCCCCCCAGAGCCAGGCCUGAGUGUCCCCUCCAUGAGUUGUGCCCACUCAGGUGCACAAGUGAACGCCAGGGCACCAGAGCAAUUCAGCAUUGAAGACCAGGAUCACAAAGUAUUGAUCCUGCACCAUGAGAACCUCCUGGCAGUUCCAAAUAAAAAGGGUGUACAUGCAGAGAUCUUCUUUGUAUUAGCCACACACUUGAGUUCAAGCUCUGAAGAAAAAGGAAGUCCGAUUCUCUUGGCAGUCUCUAAAGGAGAGCGUUGUCUGUGUUGCAAACGAAAAGGACAAAGGAAACCAACCCUUGUGCUGAAGAAGAAGAAACUGACCAAACUUGCUACCCAGAGUGAAAAAGCACGCCAUGCCUUCAUUUUUUAUAAGGCAAAGGUGGGCUCCCGGUACACGCUGGAGUCAGCUGCCCACCCUGGAUGGUUUGUCUGCACCUCUAACUCUCAUGAAUGUGUUGACAUGACCAAAGAAUUUGGAAAAAGGAAAUACACGGAGUUUGAUUUUAUCAAGUUUGAAGUGAGCUCCAGUGAGGUCAGUGAUUAG